AGUGACCAGCUGCUCAUGAUGAGUGAUGAGAAGAACCUUAAUGUAUCCCAAAAAUUGGUCUCACCUUCAAGGAGCACAAGUAGCUGCUCCUCCAAGCAGGGAAGUCGACAGGACAGCUGGGAGGUGGUGGAAGGACUGAGGGGGGAGAUGAAUUAUACUCAGGAGCCACCAGUCCAGAAAGGAUUUCUGCUGAAAAAGAGGAAAUGGCCCUUAAAAGGCUGGCACAAGAGAUUCUUCUAUCUGGACAGAGGAAUCUUGAAAUAUGCCAAGAGCCAAACCGAUAUAGAAAGAGAGAAGCUGCAUGGCUGCAUUGACGUCGGGCUUUCAGUGAUGUCUGUAAAGAAGUCAUCAAAGUGCAUUGACCUUGACACCGAGGAGCACAUCUACCAUCUGAAGAUCGACUCCAUUUCAAGUAGGCAGCGUAGCAGUAUAUCAAAGCAGAAUUCGUUUCAAACUGGAAGCAAUUUAUCAUUUUCUUGUGGUGGUGAGACACGAGUUCCAUUAUGGCUACAGUCUUCAGAGGACAUGGAAAAAUGCUCAAAAGACCUGGCCCACUGCCAUGCCUAUCUGAUGGAAAUGAGCCAGCUCCUGCAAAGUAUGGACGUCCUACAUCGGACAUACUCAGCACCAGCUAUCAACGCCAUCCAGGGUGGAGCUUUUGAAAGUCCCAAAAAGGAAAAAAGAUCGCACAGGAGGUGGCGGUGCAGAGCUAUUGGUAAAGAUGCUAAAGGAACACUGCAGGUGCCUAAACCUUUCUCUGGCCCAGUAAGACUGCACUCCUCCAACCCUAAUUUGUCAACACUAGAUUUUGGAGAAGAGAAAAAUUAUUCUAAUGGCUCUGAAACCCCGUCAGAGUUUUCUAAAAUGCAAGAAGAUCUGUGUCAUAUUGCCCAUAAAGUUUACUUCACUUUAAGGUCAGCUUUUAAUACCAUGUCAAUGGAGAGAGAGAAACUGAGGCAGCUGAUGGAGCAGGAUGCCUCCUCACCCCCUUCUGCUCAGGUCAUUGGUCUGAAGCAUGCACUGUCAUCCGAGAGCUCCAGAGAUGAAAACCGAGCUCUAGUUCAUCAGCUUUCCAAUGAAAGUAGACUCUCCAUCACUGACUCUCUUUCAGAGUUUUUUGAUGCACAGGAAGUCCUGUUAUCUCCAAGCUCUUCAGAAAAUGAGAUUUCUGAUGAUGAUUCAUAUGUCAGUGACAUAAGUGAUAAUCUUUCCCUAGACAAUCUCAGUAAUGAUUUAGAUAAUGAGAGACAGACCUUGGGGCCUGUUCUUAGAAGUGGCGGGGAAGCAAAGUCCACAAGAAGAACUUGCUUGCCGGCGCCCUGCCCCAACACCAGCAAUAUCAGCUUGUGGAAUAUUCUGAGGAACAACAUAGGAAAGGACCUGUCCAAAGUCGCCAUGCCCGUGGAGUUAAAUGAGCCGCUGAACACGCUGCAGAGGCUCUGCGAGGAGCUGGAGUACAGUGAGCUUCUGGACAAGGCUGCUCAGAUUCCGAAUCCCCUGGAAAGGAUGGUGUAUGUGGCAGCCUUUGCCGUAUCAGCAUAUGCAUCUAGCUACUUCCGAGCUGGGAGCAAGCCUUUUAAUCCGGUUCUUGGAGAAACGUACGAGUGUAUUCGUGAGGACAAGGGCUUCCGGUUUUUUUCAGAACAGGUCAGCCACCAUCCACCUAUCUCUGCAUGUCAUGCCGAGUCUGAAAAUUUUGUUUUCUGGCAAGAUGUGAGAUGGAAAAACAAAUUCUGGGGCAAAUCCAUGGAAAUUGUUCCCAUUGGCACAACCCACGCAACUCUCCCAACUUUUGGAGAUCAUUUUGAGUGGAACAAAGUGACCUCUUGCAUCCAUAACAUCUUAAGUGGGCAGAGGUGGAUUGAGCACUAUGGAGAGAUUGUCAUCAGAAACCUGAGUGAUGAUUCCUGCCACUGCAAAGUGAACUUUAUAAAGGCAAAAUACUGGAGCACUAACGCCCACGAGAUCGAAGGCACCGUGUUUGACAGGAGCGGGAAGGCCGUGCAUCGGCUGUUCGGGAAAUGGCACGAAAGCAUCUACUGUGGAGGCUCCUCCUCCUCCACCUGUGUCUGGAGAGCAAAUCCCAUGCCGAAAGGCUAUGAGCAGUAUUAUGGCUUCACACAGUUUGCACUCGAAUUAAAUGAAAUGGAUCCGUUGUCAAAGUCGUUACUACCACCUACUGACACUCGAUUUAGGCCAGACCAAAGGUUUCUAGAAGAAGGGAACUUAGAAGAAGCUGAAAUGCAAAAGCAGAGGAUCGAACAGCUGCAGAGAGAAAGGCGCCGGGUCUUAGAAGAAAAUAACAUGGAGCACCAGCCUCGGUUUUUCAGGAAAUCCAGUGAUGACUCUUGGGUGAGCAACGGCACCUAUUUGGAACUUAGAACAGAUCUUGGUUUUUCCAAACUGGACCAUCCCAUCUUGUGGUGAACAAGUAAAGAAGACAGAUACGUUAGUGUACGUCACGUUUGCUUCCCGAAGCAGCAUAACCCGUGUCUAUAUAUUUAAAAGAUGUUACCUAGGAUGAUCACUUGUACUUAGCUUACUUAGCAUUGUAAGAAUUUAAGUAUAUAUUUUCUUCAGUGGGUUUAUUUACAACUUCAAAUGCUAUCAUGAUUGUUUAUAUGAAUGUAGUAGAACACCUUGUUAUUUCUUUUUAUAUAUAAGCUAUUUAAUAAAAAUGAAAGAUUGAA